ACUACGUCUCUUGUCUAAAAAUGGCAGGUAUGAAUGUGCCUCUUCCAGCCUCCGGCGCCGGCGAGGAAAACAAGUUCUCAUUGCCGGUGGAUUCGGAGCACAAGGCGAAAGUGUUGAAAAUCGCCUCCUUCGCAAAGCCCCACAUGCGAUCCUUCCACCUGGCCUGGAUCUCCUUCUUCACAUGCUUCGUCUCCACCUUCGCGGCGGCGCCCCUGGUCCCCAUCAUCCGCGACAACAUCAACCUCAGCCGCUCCGACAUCGGCAACGCCGGCGUCGCCUCCGUCUCCGGGAGCAUCUUCUCCCGCCUCAUGAUGGGCGUCGUGUGCGACCUCAUUGGCCCCCGCUACGGCUGCGCCGUCCUCAACCUCCUGGCCGCCCCCGUCGUCUUCUCCACCGUCUUCGUGUCGUCGCCGGCGGGCUACGUGGCCGUCCGCUUCAUGACCGGAUUCUCUCUCGCCACGUUCGUGUCCUGCCAGUACUGGACCAGCGUCAUGUUCAACAGCUCCAUCAUCGGCACCGUCAACGGCGUCGCCGGCGGCUGGGGAGACAUGGGCGGCGGCGUCGCGCAGCUCCUCAUGCCCUUCCUCUUCCACCUCAUCAAGGUCUCCGGCGCCACCCCCUUCACCGCCUGGCGCAUCGCCUUCAUGAUCCCCGGAUGGUUCCACGUCAUUAUCGGGGUCAUGGUGCUCACCAUGGGCCAAGAUCUGCCCGACGGUAAUCUUAGCACUCUUCAGAAGAGAGGUGAUGUCGCAAAAGACAAGUUCUCCAAGGUAUUGACUCAUGCUGUCACAAAUUAUAGAACAUGGGUUUUCUUCAUGCUCUACGGCUUCUCCAUGGGAGUUGAGCUUUGCAUUAACAAUGUCAUCGCCGAAUAUUUCUACGACAGAUUCAACCUGAAGCUACACACAGCCGGAGUGAUCGCGGCCACAUUCGGGAUGGCGAAUUUCUUCGCCCGGCCGUUCGGCGGGUACGCCUCGGACAUCGCGUCAAAGAGGUUCGGCAUGAGGGGGAGGCUAUGGAUACUAUGGAUAUUCCAAACCCUAGGAGCAGUGUUCUGCAUUUGGCUGGGCCGCUCCAACUCACUCGCGAUGGCCGUCGCCUCCAUGAUCCUAUUCUCCAUCGGCGCGCAGGCCGCCUGCGGCGCCACCUACGGCAUAAUCCCCUUCGUUUCGCGAAGAUCGCUGGGGCUGAUCUCCGGCCUCACCGGCGCCGGAGGAAACUUCGGCGGCGGAUUGACGCAGCUCUUGUUCUUCUCCACCACCCGAUUCUCUACCGCGGAGGGGCUGACCUACAUGGGCGUGAUGGCGGCGGCCUGCACAAUCCCGGUGGCGGUCAUCCACUUCCCGCAGUGGGGGAGCAUGUUCCUGCCGCCCUCGAAGAACGGGAAGCACACGGAGGAGAGCUACUACGCUUCGGAGUGGAACGAGGAGGAGAGGGAGAGGGGUUUGCACGGCGGGAGCCUCAAGUUCGCCGAGAACAGCCGGUCCGAGCGUGGGAACCGGACCGUGAUCGCCGCGUCUCUCACCCCGACCGGGUCGACCCCGGCCCAUGUCUAGCUACGACAACACAAACUCUAUUUUAAAUCGUUAAUGUUUGUGAACUCAAUAAUAUCUUGUAGAAUCAAUGACGGUGCAUCGAAAAGCGUUGUUUAUGAUGAUUGCUUGUGCAUAGCAUGUACAAUCAUGAAUUCUUCUAAUUUCAUUUUCUUGUAGCCGUUCAUAUAUACCAUAUUAAUUAGUACUCCCUUAGUAUCUAA